AAGGGGUUAAAAGAUAAAGAGGAAGCAGAGUAGUAAAGAAAAAGGGGUUUUCUUUCCUAUCAAGAAACGAACUGUGCUUGCCCUAUAUAUACACACUGGUAUAUAUCUAUAUUCAUAAUCUUCAGAUCUUCAAUUAUAAUCUCUCGAUACUGAUUCAGUCUCUCUCGAGAUCAAUUCAAUUCGAUCACAAACAUGAGCACUCAACCUGAAUCAUCUGAUCCCAAGGGAACGAAGAGAGACUUUAGUACGGCGAUUCUGGAGAGGAAGAAGGCGGCGAAUCGAUUAGUUGUAGAUGAGGCGGUGAAUGAUGAUAAUUCCGUGGUGGCGCUUCACCCGGAGACUAUGGAGAAGCUUCAGCUCUUUCGCGGUGACACGAUUCUUAUCAAGGGUAAGAAAAGAAAAGAUACAAUCUGCAUUGCCCUAGCUGAUGACACUUGUGAUGAGCCAAAGAUUAGAAUGAACAAAGUUGUUAGAUCUAACCUGAGGGUUAGACUCGGAGAUGUAGUUUCUGUGCAUCAGUGUGCUGAUGUUAAGUAUGGAAAGCGUGUACACAUCCUUCCUAUGGAUGAUACUAUCGAAGGAGUUACAGGAAAUCUUUUUGAUGCUUAUCUGAAACCCUAUUUCCUUGAAGCCUAUCGCCCUGUUAGAAAGGGUGAUCUAUUCCUCGUGAGAGGAGGCAUGCGAAGUGUGGAAUUUAAGGUUAUUGAGACAGAUCCUGCUGAGUACUGUGUUGUUGCCCCUGAUACUGAAAUCUUUUGUGAGGGAGAGCCUCUUCGAAGGGAGGAUGAAGAUAGGUUGGACGAGGUUGGAUAUGAUGAUGUUGGUGGUGUCCGUAAGCAGAUGGCUCAGAUUAGGGAGUUAGUCGAGCUUCCAUUAAGACAUCCACAGCUCUUUAAGUCCAUCGGAGUCAAACCACCAAAGGGAAUCUUGCUCUAUGGACCUCCUGGAUCUGGUAAAACUUUGAUAGCCCGAGCUGUUGCUAAUGAAACUGGUGCUUUCUUCUUUUGCAUUAAUGGACCAGAAAUCAUGUCAAAGUUGGCUGGGGAGAGUGAGAGUAAUCUGAGGAAGGCAUUUGAAGAAGCAGAAAAGAAUGCACCAUCUAUUAUAUUCAUUGAUGAGAUUGAUUCAAUUGCCCCUAAAAGAGAGAAGACCCAUGGUGAAGUUGAGAGGAGAAUUGUUUCCCAGCUGUUGACACUUAUGGAUGGACUUAAAUCUCGUGCUCAUGUAAUUGUAAUGGGUGCUACUAAUCGUCCUAAUAGUAUUGACCCUGCUCUUAGGAGGUUCGGCAGAUUCGACAGAGAAAUAGAUAUUGGUGUACCUGAUGAAGUUGGACGGCUAGAGGUUCUCCGUAUACAUACAAAGAACAUGAAGCUUGCUGAAGAUGUUGAUUUGGAAAAAAUUUCAAAGGAUACACAUGGAUAUGUUGGUGCAGAUUUAGCAGCUCUGUGUACUGAGGCUGCACUUCAGUGCAUCAGGGAGAAGAUGGAUGUUAUCGACUUGGAAGAUGAAACAAUCGAUGCAGAGAUAUUGAACUCAAUGGCUGUUACCAAUGAGCACUUCCACACUGCUCUUGGAACGAGCAACCCCUCUGCGUUGCGUGAAACAGUUGUUGAGGUGCCUAAUGUUAGUUGGGAAGAUAUUGGAGGCUUGGAGAAUGUCAAGAGGGAACUGCAAGAGACUGUUCAAUAUCCUGUGGAGCAUCCAGAGAAGUUUGAGAAGUUUGGCAUGUCGCCCUCAAAGGGAGUCCUAUUCUAUGGACCACCUGGAUGUGGAAAGACCUUACUGGCCAAGGCAAUUGCUAAUGAGUGCCAAGCAAACUUUAUUAGUAUUAAAGGACCUGAGUUGCUUACCAUGUGGUUUGGAGAAAGUGAGGCAAAUGUGCGAGAAAUAUUUGAUAAGGCUCGUGGAUCUGCUCCUUGUGUCCUGUUCUUUGAUGAACUGGACUCAAUUGCCACUCAGAGGGGAAGCAGUUCUGGAGAUGCUGGUGGAGCUGCUGAUAGGGUUUUGAAUCAACUGUUGACUGAAAUGGAUGGCAUGUCAGCCAAGAAGACUGUUUUCAUUAUUGGGGCAACCAACAGGCCGGAUAUCAUUGACCCUGCACUCUUGCGACCUGGGCGUCUUGACCAGUUAAUUUACAUUCCCCUCCCUGAUGAGGCGUCUCGCCAUUCAAUAUUUAAGUCAUGCCUCAGGAAGUCUCCUGUUUCUAAAGAUGUUGACCUCAUGGCACUUGCGAAGUACACUCAAGGAUUCAGUGGUGCUGAUAUAACAGAAAUAUGUCAAAGGGCAUGUAAAUACGCCAUUAGGGAGAACAUUGAGAAAGACAUCGAGAAGGAGAAGAAGAGAAGUGAGAAUCCCGAGGCAAUGGAGGAAGAUGAUGUUGAGGAUGAGGUCUCUGAAAUAAAGGCUGCUCAUUUUGAAGAAUCAAUGAAGUAUGCACGCCGAAGUGUGAGUGAUGCUGAUAUCCGAAAGUAUCAGGCAUUUGCCCAGACAUUGCAGCAGUCUAGAGGGUUUGGCUCUGAGUUCCGAUUUUCUGAAACUAGUGGUACUGCAGCAGCCAGCUCUGAUCCAUUCGCAGCUCCUUCAGGGGCAGCUGAUGAAGAUGACCUAUAUAGUUAGGUCAUUAUCCAUUCUGUCUGUAUUGUUGUUUAAACUUAAAACAUCUUAUACUCUGUUUUAGUUUCUACGGGUUGUUUUUCGGAUUAUUUGUUCUGUCAUACCUGCAGAUGGAAUUGAUAAGUUACCAAUGGUGUUUUUAUUCACCGAAAACCAGACCUCUUGGCAGGUAGUUUAUGUCAAUCUGGGAUGUUUAUAAAUUAAAGCUGACUAAUAUAGACGCUUUCCUUUGUC